AUGGGAAAACACCAGAAAUCCAAGUCUUGUCGACAGGGCCAGAAAAGAACCUACCGUCAGACACUUGUAACAAACUCCAUUCAGAAAGCUUUCCUAGGGGCUUCGUCUAAUUGCAAGAAAUUCACUACAUUGCAGCUUGAAGAAAGACUCUGCGACGUUGCUUACUAUACUUCAUUGACAAAGAUUGGAACUAUUGUGAAAUGCUUCUUGGGUUUGAGCCUCUAUACGGAGCUCACAGUGGGUGUGACUACAGACAAUGCAACAAACAACGAGACUCUCAUCCGGGCCUUGCAGGAGUCACUUCUUUCGAGCGGUGCCAUUAGUACGAGGGAAUCCAUUGUACGCGUUCCAUGUAUGGCCUAUGUGAUUCAGCUUUGCCUGAAGCAACUACUAGGCCAUAUCAGAGCCGCUCCAAAGAAUAAAGAAGUGAGAAGGUUUUGGUCUGACACCUAA